CAGGCUCCGACGGCCGGAAGUCCCGCCUGCCGAGUAGUCGUCGCUGCCGUCGCCGCCUCCGUUGUUGUUGUGGUCUCUUCUCCGACGUCCGCGGCUCAGAGAGCCGGCCCCGUCGUCUCCCGCCGCCAUGAAGUGGAUGUUUAAGGAGGAUCACUCUCUGGAACACAGAUGCGUGGAAUCCGCGAAGAUCAGAGCAAAGUACCCCGACCGGGUUCCGGUGAUCGUGGAAAAAGUCUCAGGCUCUCAGAUUGUUGACAUUGACAAAAGGAAGUACUUGGUUCCUUCUGACAUCACCGUGGCUCAGUUCAUGUGGAUCAUCAGGAAAAGGAUUCAGCUUCCUUCUGAGAAGGCGAUCUUCCUGUUUGUGGACAAGACAGUCCCACAGUCCAGCCUAACUAUGGGACAGCUUUACGAGAAGGAAAAAGAUGAAGAUGGAUUCUUGUAUGUGGCCUACAGCGGAGAGAACACUUUUGGCUUCUGAGGGCCAGUGCUGGGCUAGGUGCACCGUUCCUGCUUGUGUAUCUUGUAAAUAACUGGCUGUUUUCAGUUACUCUACCAGAGCCUCUUCACAUAGACCUACUAGUGCAUUUGUAACUGGAUUUAUUUCUUAAUAUAUUGGAAAGUUUUGUUUCUUUAGAUUAGUAAAUUAUCAUACAGAGUUUUAUUUUCAGUUUUCUUUUUAUUCAUUGACCUCAUGGCUAUAUGCUUCAAGGGACCUGUCCUCUGGGAAUCAUAUUUAAUGAAGAUAUUUCCAUAAUGAAGGGAGGUAGGUGUGGCAUUAAAGUGAAAAGGAGGGGUGAUGCAUUCAUUGUUCUGGAUUAUGUUCCAAGUGUUAGGUGGCUAAGUAUUAAAAGCCCCCAAAUGAAAUCCUUAGCAAUCAGAAUACACUUGCUUCACUAGAUUUUGCCAACUGCAAAUCAUGUUGGAUUAAGCUAAUCUGUUCUUCUUUCUGAGACUAUUAAGGUAAAUAAUUAACAAUAAAACUUCCUCUUAUAAAGGCA